AUGAGAAAGGUAGAAGAAAUGAACAAAAAGGAAAAAUUUGGGUGGAAAACUUUAAUUAAAAAAUUAAUUAAAUUCUUGAAAGAUACAAUUUUUAGUUGUGAUGAUCAAAAAAAAGAAGAGUUUCCAUGGAAAAAAUUAGAUUAUCUUAUCUCUGUUAUGAACAAUAAGACAAUGAAUCGAUUGGAAGGGUUAAUUUUUUUCUUGAAUCGUAUUAUUUCUCUUACACUAGUUAUUUAUCCAGCUAUUUUAUCAGGAUAUUUAAUUAGCACUAAUGUUACUCUUACCAAAAUAUUUUUUGCAAUUUGUAUCAUAUCUUUAAGCAGAUUAAUUGAACAUUUUGGUGAUAAUGAACCUGAAAAAAUUACAACGAUAAUUUCUUACUAUUUGAAUUAUAACUCUAAUAUGCAUAUAAGAAAAUUGUUAUAUGAUCAAUUAGAAGAUCAGAAAAAGCAAUUAGAAAAAAUAGUGGAUCAGGUUGGGUUCAAAAGCAAAGAAAUAAUCAAUAGUGUAAAAAAUUCUCUAGAAAAUCAAGCAAAGGUGAUAUCAGAACGAAAGGUUGAAAUUAAUGAAAUUAAAGACGUAGUCAAAGCAUUAUCUCAUCAGAUAAAAAUACUCCAGGAAGAAAUUAAAAAAUUACAAGAAGAAAUUAGAGAAUUACAAGAAAACCAACAAGAACCACAAGAAGAACUAAAAUUUGUGGCAACACUAGAAGAGAUUGUAAAAAGACUAGAAAUGGUUGUAGAAGCACUAAGAGAGAUUGUUAAAAGGCUAGAAAUGAUUGUAGAAGCACUUGAUCUUGCUGAAAAAGUUGUUUUCUCAUAG